CAGACAGAGAGCAUUAAAAGGUUCGGCAAAAUAUCAAACUCUUGUCAUUGUUUGAUCUCUCUCUCUUAGAUAUCUUGGGGGGAGUUUACGGACGAUGAAUUGGAGUGAGGGACUGGUACAGAGAAGAGGAGCAGAUAUGGAUAUUCGCCCUUCGGGUUCGUCGGACGAUACGACCCAGAAGAAGAAAACGAAGAAGAACAAGAAGAGAACAGAAACAAAACGAUACCAGUUAGUGUCGUACUGGGAUUUGCCAGACUACAUGAAAGAUAACGAGUACAUACUGGAUUACUACAGAGCGAAUUGGCCUCUCAAGGAGGCUCUCUCCAGCGUGUUUCUCUGGCACAACGAGACACUUAACGUCUGGACACAUCUUCUGGGGUUUUUUCUAUUCUUGGGGUUGACGAUAACGAAUUUGAUGCAAGUGCCACAAGUAGCACAUUUCCUUAGCCAAUUCACCAGGUCUUUCCCUGUCGCUGCAGCCACCAAUGCUUUCAAUGAUUCCAAGGAUUUUUACUUGGGAGCGGCAAGACUCGUUGAAUUGGAGAAGAUGGUACCUACUGAAAUAGUAGCAGCAGCAGUAACGAAAGCGCCCCGAUGGCCUUUCUUCGUCUUCAUGGGAGGCUCAAUGUUCUGCCUCCUCUCUAGCAGCAUUUGCCACCUCUUCUGUUGCCAUUCCCACAGCCUAAAUGUCCUAAUGUUCAGAAUUGAUUAUGUAGGGAUUGCAGUCAUGAUAGUCACCUCCUUCUUCCCUCCAAUUUACUACAUCUUCCAGUGUUCCCCACACUGGCAACUCAUCUACCUCACUGGGAUCACAAUGCUGGGCAUAUUCACCAUCAUAACGCUGUUUUCGCCGCUCUCGACCAGUAAAUGCCGCUCUUUUCGAGCACUGCUCUUCGUGUCCAUGGGCCUCUUCGGCAUUAUCCCUGCAAUCCAUGCUAUAGUUGUCAAUUGGAGUGAGCCCCAGCGCGCGAUAACACUAGCUUAUGAGUCAGCCAUGGCACUAUCUUACCUCAUAGGGACCUUCUUUUACGUUAGCCGGAUUCCGGAGAGGUGGAAGCCAGGGUGGUUCGACUUGGCCGGUCACAGUCAUCAGAUAUUCCAUGUUUUUGUGAUCAUGGGCGCUAUGGCUCAUUAUGGUGCUGCACUCAUAUUUGUUGAAUGGCGAGACAGAGUGGGGUGUAAUAGGAUUAUGUGAAUUCUUUUAUUUCUCCCCCCCCCCUCCGAAGUGUAUUGAUUGAACAGGUUGUUGCGUUUGUUAUAGAGAUUGUUACUGGAA